AUGAUGUUAACAAUACAUGGAUUACCUACAAAUAUAAAAUACCCAAAUUUAAAAGCUAUUAUUCAAGAGGAAUGCAAAAUUUCUGAAUUUAUCCUCGGUGCUUUGGCACAUGAUCAAGAUGGCAUGAAGAAAGUAAGAAUAGGAGUUGCGGAUGAUAAAGAAGGCAAUAUCGUGAUGAAAUGUUUAGACGGAUAUAGAUUGUCUGGACACGUUAUAAGAGUAGUGCCACUGGGAAGAGCUGCAAAUAAAAUCAUACAGCAGAACGCAUACAAUGAUACAAGCUAUGAGUGGAGAGGUAACCAGCAAGGUUCAAGUUAUGGAAACAGUGCUGUUGAACCUGUUUCAAAUCGUUCAGUGCCAUGGACAAAUACACAAGUCACUACUCAAUGGAACCCUAAUCAACAAACAAUACCAACACAGAUGCAAAACCAGAGCAAUUUUGCAUAUGUUCAGCCAGCUUCUGCACAACCUCCUUUUUUUCAACAGAAUGAACCUCAUCAGCAAAAUAAAACAUACGGUCAACAUGAGAGGUUUUCGCAGGGCAGAGCUGUGCAACCUCAAGCUUAUGGUACCCCCAAAGAACGCAAUGUUCCCGUUGGAAACAGAACCAUUUCUUCUAAUUUGAUAACGCCUCAACGACAAAGCAUUCAAUCCAGGCCCCAUGUGCUGACCAAUGUGGAGAUAACAGACCAACCCCUGAAUAGAGCACCGGUUCAAGGUGGUAGAUAUUCAGCACAGAGCUAUAACAAUAAUGACAAACCCGUGACCAUUAUGAAAGAGUACUUUCAAGGACCCUCGGAAUACAAUGUUGACCCCCAGUCCAACCAGCCACAGACCCAUUACCAGGGUCAAGGGUAUAGUCAACAAUGGUCAGCAACAAAACAAGAGCCGCUCGCCAAGCACGGCGCGUCGCAAUACGGGAGGGCGCCGUAUAACAACAGACCGGCCCAGGGGGAUAAGAGGCCUAUGGGCGUGCAUGACCCGGCGAAGGGGCCGACCGGGUACGGUCAGCACGAGAAGGGCGGGCGCGGGAUGUCGCCCGAGGAUCUCGCCCCACCGAAGAAACUCACCCGCCGGCGCGAAUAUGUCUCACUCCACGCGCGGAAUUUCCCCUUCGGGUCGCAGGAUUUCUCCGUCUGGACGGAGGAUCUCUCCACCUGGGCGGAGGAUUUCGCCAUCUGGGCGGAGGAUUUCCCCAUCUGGGCGGAGGAUCUCUCCAUGUGGGCGGAGGAUUUCUCCAUCUGGAAGGAGGAUUUCUCCUCCAGGACGGAGGUUUUCUCCAUCGGGACGGAGGAUUUCUCCAUCUGGACGAAGGAUCUCUCCAUCUGGGCGGAGGAUUUCCCCAUC